AUGAAUUCGGUUGGCGUACAUCCCUCAGAAAAAGCGUUCAACAGGGCAGAUGAACUCAAUUGCAAAAGCUACCGCAGCGGUUAUGACGAAACCUUACAAGAAACUACGGUGCAAAUAGAAAUGACAACUUUUGCAAACGAAGUCAGUAUUCUAGGAUUAAAACAGUCCGUCAACCCCAAAUAUUCCCAUUUCAGACGCACGCUAUGGCUGUGUUUCGUCUUGGCAGGGUUUGGAUUCUUGCUUUACCAUCUUUGGCACAGGAUUGCUUACUUUCUAAGCAACCCUGUAACAGUGAAGAUAGAUGUUGUGGCAAACGAUACAUUGGUUUUUCCCGCGAUAACCAUUUGUAUCAACAGUCCUCUGAAGAUGAGCAGUUUAGUUGCCAAUAACGAGAGUUAUAUAGGAAAAUAUUUUGGCACUUUCGAGGACCCGCAAGAUUUAUCUUCCUACAAUUUGGGACGUAUUAACUGGACUGAAUUUAUGAUUCGCAAUGGGUAUGACAAACGUGACAUCUUUUUAGACGUGAAAUGGAAACUAAAAGAUGUCCGCUUAGCUGACAUCAGGCCUGUGUUCACCAGUCUUGGUUUAUGUUAUCAGAUCAACUCAGAUGAUUCAAUGUUUAAUAAGAAGAAAGCGGUUGCCAUUGAACCAAGAUACACCAUUAUGAGCCAUAACCUCACCAUGAGGCGGUGCGGUUGUCGUUUAGUUUACUACCCACAUGUCCCGGGUUACAGAGAGUGUUCCCCUCAAGACGUAUUCCAAUGUGUCUUCAAUCUCACGAGGCAGAAGACACGGUUUAUCCGCCAGUGUGACUGCAGUGUAGAGUGUGAGAGUUACAGAUUCGAAUACACUCUUUCCAGUUCAUUUAUAGCAAAUUCGUCAAUGCAGCUCUUACAGCAUCUUUUGAACAUCACAAAGGAAGAGGUGGAGAAAGACAUUGUCGCCACGAAAAUCUUCUACGCAGAUAUGACGUACGAGGAACUUGAACAACAGGAAGCUUACAGUGACAGCCAUCUACAUGUAGAUGCAGAAGGCAUGUACGGUGGACUCCGUCUCAGCAUUCUAGUUUCGCGGAAAGAAUACGUGAAACACUCAUACCUGGCUGGGUUGUCGCUGAAUCUCCAUAACCCAGAGGACCGUCCAGACGGUAAUACAGGGAUUCUCAUCCCCCCCGGGGGGUUUACUAAUAUCGCCCUUAAACUUAAGCAUUUGGUGAAUCUUCCGCCUCCUCACGGGAAAUGUGGUGAGAGACCUCUGGCUUACUACAAGAAGUACAGUAAAACAAACUGUCAGACAGAGUGCCUGCACAACCUCACCUUAACGCGUUGCAAUUGCCGUCUAACAUUCUACCCGUAUGUUCCCGGGUUCAGAGAUUGUUCCCCAAAAGACCGAAAACUCUGUGUGGACCCACUGACCUUCCUGAACAGAUCACAGCUUCACCGUCAAUGUGGCUGUAAAGUUGCGUGUGAGACGUUCAAGUAUGAAACCAGUUCAACCUAUACUAAACUAUCGGAGAGCACUUUUGAAAAUGUCCAGGAAUGGAACAUGUUACAAGAGAGGCUGGAGGAUUUUAUCGGUGUGCUCAUAUUCUAUCCUGAUAUGUCAUACGAGGAGGUAGUACAACAGGAGGCCUACAGCACGUUGGCACUACUGGCGGACAUCGGCGGUGCCCUUGGCCUCGUUUUGGGCAGCACGCUGAUGACCUUGGCCGAAAUUUUGGAUUUCUUUUUUGGGUUAUGUGUUUGGAAGGCUUUGGGUGUUAGAAUCUGA